CCCGGCUGGCGGGGAACCGGGGGAGAACCCCGAGGCUAGAGACCCCCCCACGCGCGUGCGCGCUGGAGCAGCGGGGGGUGGUGGGUUUCGGACACGGACACGUGGCUUGGGCGGCGGACGGCCUUCCAUCUCACCGACUGGGCAGGAUCGUCCCUGAGCGCCCUCCUACCCACAGGCCCAGUCCGAGGUCUGGCAGUCAGCUAGAGAGCCGGGCGCCCACAGCCCGAGCACCCCCGACAGCACCAUGCCUGCGCUCCUGGAGCGCCCCAAGCUUUCCAACGCCAUGGCGAGGGCGUUGCACCGGCACAUCAUGAUGGAGCGGGAGCGCAAGCGGCAGGAGGAAGAAGAAGUAGACAAGAUGAUGGAACAGAAGAUGAAGGAAGAGCAGGAGAGAAGGAAGAAAAAGGAGAUGGAAGAGAGAAUGUCAUUAGAGGAGACCAAAGAACAAAUCCUGAAAUUGCAAGAGAAGCUUUUGGCUCUACAGGAAGAGAAGCACCAGCUUUUCCUGCAGCUCAAGAAAGUUUUACAUGAGGAAGAAAAACGGAGGCGAAAGGAGCAGAGUGACUUAACCACUCUGACAUCAGCUGCAUACCCACAGAGCCUGACUGUUCACACAGGAACUCAUCUCCUCAGCAUGCAGGGGAGCCCCGGAGGACACAAUCGCCCAGGCACCCUCAUGGCAGCUGACAGAGCCAAACAGAUGUUUGGACCCCAAGUGCUUACAACACGGCAUUAUGUGGGCUCAGCAGCUUUCACAGGGACCCCAGAGCAUGGGCAAUUCCAAGGCAGCCCAGGUGGUGCCUAUGGGACUGCUCAGCCCCCACCGCACUAUGGACCCACUCAACCGGCCUAUAGCCCUAGUCAACAGCUCAGAGCACCUUCAGCCUUUCCUGCAGUGCAGUACUUGUCUCAGCCACAGCCACAGCCCUAUGCUGUGCACAGCCACUUCCAGCCCACCCAGACAGGGUUCCUCCAGCCUGGUGGUGCCCUUUCCCUGCAAAAGCAAAUGGAACAUGCUAACCAGCAAACUGGCUUCUCUGACUCAUCCUCCCUGCGCCCCAUGCACCCCCAAGCUCUGCAUCCAGCCCCUGGACUCCUUACGUCCCCUCAGCUUUCUGUGCAGAUGCAAUCAGCAGGGAAGGUAAGAAUGCUUAUCAUAUCUGUCACAAUCUCUACAAUACCAGGGAAAACAGGAUUGGGUAGGAUAGGGAGCCUACACCCCUGGUUUUCCCUUCUUCCUUGGGGGUGGCUGUUUGGGUGUAGAGUAGAAGGGAGAACAUGCACACUGACAAAACCCACCUUUCAUCAUCACUACCAGUCAAGCUUUGCAGCUACCAGCCAACCUGGCCCCCGGCUCCCUUUCCUCCAGCACAGCCAGAACCCAAGAUUCUACCACAAGUGACCAUCAAAUUUUAUCUUCCACAUCACUCCACCUCCUACCUUGGGUGACGGUCCCUGGUGUGUCCUAGUCCUAGGCCAAUAAAAUCUAUCUGCCAUUGCC